AUCCAGCCCCGCGAGAAGAAAGAGCAUUGGAAUGGGGCGGGCUGGACGCGAUAGCCGAAGAGCAUGAUGCGCGUCGACAGCAUUUAGUAACACCGAUCGCGUCUCAACAACAGGUGAUGGCGAAGUGCAGCCCAAACAGUUAUGGAUGUCUUGACACACUCAUGAAACGGAUCAGGACACUUAUCAAGGGCACUCUGUUGGACAACAUGGCGAAAGCAUUUCUUGUGUUAACCCGAUGGCGUCGACUUAGACUGUGUAUCUGCGUAGCCAUCCUCUCCGUCACCGGCCUCCUAGUGUCCAUGAGUUCUAAACCCAAGGACCCCCUGCACAGACAGUGAUUGUCCAAUCAGAGAAUUCGGGGAUAGGGGCAAAACCAUACUAUGGUAUUUUGUACCGAGAUAUGUACUAGACAGCCCCGAACGAGUUCCACUGAGAAGGUGUCCCGAACUGGGUUGCUAUGUUACGACGAACAGGCGAUAUCUCCCGAAUGCCCACGCAGUACUCAUGUCUGCCCAACAUAUAAUAGGAAACGACCAGCCGGUUCGAUACCGCGACCAGGUGUGGGUCUACCAUAAUAAUGAACCGAUGUAUCUGUUUUAUGACAAACUCGUUGAUGAGAUUCGGCGUCCACAAUGGAAGUCAGUAUUCAACUGGACAAUGGAUUUCAGAUAUGAUUCGGAUCUACAUAGACCUUACGCAAAGUUGAGAACUCGCAAAACUACAGUGAAUCGUGAUUAUUCCUCAUUGGUGAAACAGAAAACAAAGCUCGUUGCUUGGGCGGUUAGCAACUGCAUAGACAUAUCUGGACGCCUAGCGUACGCGCGUGAACUUCAGAAAUAUAUUCCAGUGGAUAUCUACGGCCGCUGUGGCAGUGGUGCAUUUUCUAGGUCGACAGCGGAGGAGUGGAACGACUACCUCAACGGCACGUAUAAGUUCUAUCUUUCUUUUGAGAGUUCCUUCUGCACGGAUUACAUCAGCGAGAAGUUCUUCAACAACUUCAACCUUGACCUUGUGACGGUUGCCCGAGGGGGAGGUAACUACACCCGUGACGCUCCUCCAGGAACCUACAUCAACACAGCUGAUUUCAAAUCUCCUAAAGAGUUAGCAGACCAUAUCAUGUACCUUCACAACAACCACGAGGAGUACAUCGAGAUUCUGAAGAGGAAAGAAAAAUACCAAUAUGUAACCGAAGCGUACUAUUUCACCACCAAAACUGACAUUUUACAUCCGUUUUCGGAACGUUAUGUAGAACACUACUACGAAGAAGAACCCAUGUGUCACUUGUGUUCACGACUCCAUAAUAUGUCUGGUUAUUCCAAAACCAUUCCAGACAUUUUGCCUUGGAUCACUAUGGGCAAAUGUUCUUCCACAGGAGAACUGCAUAUAACACAUUUUGUAUAUGUACUUAGUUUUCUUUUAACGUUGACCAGUCGCUUUGUCUGAUGAUUUCUUUUGUGUCAUCAAUGUAUUCAUCAUCAUCAUCAUCAUCAUCAUCAUAUGAUUGCACUGGUAAUUGCAAUGUAAAAUUUGAAGUCAUCCAAAAGCUACUGCUAAAAUCUUACAAGGGAUUUAUACACUUGUCAUUGGUGAAGGGCCAGUUUUUAUAUCGACAUAAAGAAAUAGUGUUCA